AUGUCUCCCCAGUUCGAGAUCCCGAAGACGCAGAAGGCGGCGAUCGUCGAAGGCCCCGACUCCCCUCUCAAGAUUGUCCCCGACCACCCCGUCCGCCAGCCCAAGGACCUCGCACCGGGCGAGUGCCUCGUCCGCCUCGAGUGCACCGGUGUCUGCCACACCGACCUGCAUGCGCGCAAGGGCGACUGGCCGCUCAAGGCCAAGCUUCCCCUGAUUGGUGGCCACGAGGGUGUCGGCACCGUCGUCGCCAUCGGCGAGCACACGCAGAGCCCGCCCGUGAAGCUCGGGGACCGCGUCGGGAUCAAAUGGCUCGCGUACUCGUGCCUCGACUGCGAGCUCUGCAGGAAGGGCCUUGAGCAGAGCUGCCCGAACCAGCAGCUGAGCGGGUUCACGACCGACGGCACGUUCCAGCAGUACGUUGUCUCCUGGACGAGCCAUGUCACCCCCAUCCCCGACGCCCUCGACUCGUACGAGGCCGCCUCCAUCCUCUGCGCCGGCGUCACCGUCUACCGCGCCCUCAAGUACUCGCACACCCACAUCGGCGACUGGGUCGCCAUCCCGGGUGCCGGCGGAGGCCUCGGCCACCUUGCCGUCCAGUACGCGACCGCCAUGGGCCUCCGCGUCCUCGCCGUCGAUACGGGCGCGGAGAAGCGCGAGCUCGUGAAGAAGCUCGGCGCGGAGGCGUGGGUCGACUUCCGCGAGAGCAAGGACAUCGUCGCGGACAUCCGCGCGGCGACGGACGGGCAGGGCCCGCACGCCGCGAUCGUCACCGCCGCGAACAGCUCCGCGUACGCGCAGGCCGUCGACUACCUCCGCCUCGGCGGGAACCUCAUGGUCGUCGGCCUCCCCGCACACGCCUCCCUCAGCGCGGACAUCUUCUUCACCGUUACGAAGAGCAUCAGCAUCUACGGCUCCUACGUUGGCAACCGUCAGGACGCGCGCGAGGCGCUCGACAUCGCCGCCCGCGGCAAGGUCAAGUGCUACUACGAGACCCGCAAUCUCGACUCGCUCCUCGAGACGUACGAGAGCCUCGAGAAGGGCGAGAUCGUCGGCCGCAUUGUCCUUAAGAUACGCGAGUAG